AUGCAAUCCAGUCCAAACCCCACCCUCUCCUCUGCAAUUCACUGCAAUUCGCUGCAAUUCGCCCCGUCGUCACCAUCGCCAGCACGCUCGUCUCCCUCACCACCAUCACCUCUCCAUCCCCAUCCGCCCUCUUUCCCCCAUCUUCUCCGCUUCUCCGCUUCGUCUGCUGUCUCUCGCCUCGGCAUCCCGUUAAUCGCUGCUCCGCCUCGCCUCGUCUUUGCUUUCUCGGCUUUCUGCGCCUUCGCUGCUCCGUAUCUCGCCUGCACCUUUCCGAUCCCACGCCAGUCCCGCCCUCUGUCGGCUUUGCCGCACGCUCUCAACACCGCUGCCGACACCGCUGCCAUCCGCCGCCAUCCGUCGCCCAACAUGUCGGCAGUCUACUCGAUCUACACCUCGCCCAACCAUGCGCCCAUCCCCAACCACCUCCCCACGCUCAUCGUCACGCCGUACGGCCAGCCGCACCACACGCUCUACUCGUACAUCCACACCAACUACAACAAGGAGACGUAUCUCCUCACCCCCUCGCCGCAGGGCGACCUCUGCGUCGCCAAGAUGGUGCCGCCCCCCGGCUCGCGCGGUCCCGGCGGCGGCUCCUCCGACGGCGGCCACUCCAACGGCCAUUCGGACAAGACGGUGCGCUGCGAGGCAUCGCGCAACCUCAAAUGGUCCAUCACCAACACCGGCAUCCACGCGCCCGUAUACAAACUCACGCUCCCCAAUCCAGACGCGCCCGGUCACGAGCAGCCGCUCUUCCAGAUCUCCAAACCCAACCCGAACGCAACCUGGUGGACCAUGUUCUAUUUCACCUACGCCGGCCAUCUCAUCCCACCAAAGCGCAUCGAGUUUGGCAAGAUCCAGAAGAAUGCCGCGGCAGGAAGCGGCGGUGGCGGUGGAACGCGCGUGACCAUCGCAGGAAAGACGCCCGAGGAGAAGGCGGUGUGGCAGACGCUCGGCGAGGGCAACGAGGACAUGGUUGAGUGGAUUGUGCUGUGCGCAGCGCUCAACGUGCUCGACGACGAGAUCAUCAAGGCGGCACAGUCCACAGAACCCAAGCGCGCCCCGGCGCCCUCGGCGUCCACAGCCGUGCCUUCCAGUCGUCCCGCCGCCGCAGGAGGUGCGAUGCGCGGCCCGAACCCGCAGCAAAAGAUGCCCAUGCCCGUGCCGCAGCCGCAGGGAGGCGUCAAUGCCGGUUACCGCGGCCCGAGUCAGGCGGCGGGUAUGAGGCCAGCACAGGGUGCAGGUCCGCAGCCCAAUCCGCAGAUGUACCAGCAACAGCGCGGGCCACCACCGCCGCAGCAGUAUCGCGCCCAAGGCCCGCCCCAGCCGCAUCCACAGCAGGGCUAUGCACCGCCGCCGCAACAGCAUGCCCCGCGGGGACCUGUCCCCGCCAGCGGUCGCCGGUUCUAG